AUGGCACGUCGAAAAGCUGCCGCCGCUGCACCUGCACCUGCUGCACCCGCAACGCCACCCCUGGACGGACAUGUCAUCGCCAUCAGCGGCAAAUUUGACAACUCCAAGCACACCCAUGCCUCAUUGGAGCAGCUCGUCCGGUCCCUGGGCGGCAGCGUCACCAAGAGCGUCACCAAGACCACCACCCACGUGGUCUGCACUGAAGACGACUACAAUAGCAACACGGCCAAGGUGGCUGCUGGCAAGGCCAAGGACCUGCCCCUGGUCGAUCCCAAGUGGAUCUUCGAGACCGAGAAACAGAACAAGGCCAUUGACCCGCAAGAUCAUGUCUGGGGCAGCGACAGCGCUAAGCCCAGCGACUCACAGGCCAAUGGCAAGAAGCGGCCCCUGAUGGUCUCCAAGAGCGACGACGACGCAGAGCCCGAAACCAAAAAGGCAAAGACCAAGGGCUCCAAGGCCAAGGGCAAGGCAAAAGCUGCCCAGGCCGACUCCGAGCCCGAAGCUGAGGCUGAGGCUGAAGACAAGCCCGAGACCAAAGAGGAGAAGCAGGUGGCCGAGGGCCAGUUCAUCAAGAAGAAGAAUGUGGCUAUUCCUGUGGAUGAGCACUGCCCGCUCAACUCCACCUACCAGGUGCACAUCGAUCCAGACAGCGGAUUGAUCUAUGAUGCUUCCCUCAACCAAACAAAUGCAUCGCACAACAACAACAAGUUUUACCGUGUUCAGGCAAGUUUAGUCCUUUUUGAGCCAAAAUCCAAGUCGUACAAGACAUGGACCAGGUGGGGCCGCGUUGGUGAAACUGGUCAAAGUGCCCUGCUUGGUAACGGCUCCGUUGAAGACGCACUCAGAAACUUUGAAAAGAAGUUCAAGGACAAGUCUGGCUUGACCUGGGACAACAGAGGCGACAAUCCAAAGCCCGGAAAGUACGCUUUUGUUGAGCGUAGCUACAACCCUGAUUCGGACGACGAAGAUGAUGCCGAUGAUGAUGCCGAUGGCAAGGGCGUCAAGAAGGAAGAGGAUGAGGAGAUCAAGAUUGCAGACUGCACCCUGCAACCCGAGGUCAAGUCGCUCAUGGAGCUUAUCUUCAACCAACAGUAUUUCCAGGCCACUAUGACUGCCCUGAACUAUGAUGCGAACAAGCUCCCCUUGGGAAAACUCAGCAAGGCAACCAUCACCCGUGGUUUCCAACAGCUGAAAGAUCUUGCAGCCUUGAUGGAUGAUGCUUCUCUUGCCCAGAGCAAGUGGAACAUGACUGUGGCCAAUGCCACCGAGCAGUUAUCCAACUUGUACUACUCAAUCAUUCCACACGCAUUUGGUCGCAAUCGGCCCCCCAUCAUUCGAGACAGCGUUUUGCUCAAGAAGGAAAUAGAGUUGCUGGAGAGCUUGUCGGACAUGAAGGAUGCGGCAGAAAUCAUGAAGAUUGACCGCAAAGCAACGGACAAUGUUCAUCCUCUGGACAAACAAUUCAACGGCUUGGGUCUCAAUGAAAUGACCCCGCUGGAUCACACCAGCAGCGAGUUCAAGUAUCUGUCAGACUACCUCAACGGCACCAAGGGCGAUACCCAUCACCACAGCUACAAAGUCCAAGAUAUUUUCCGCGUCGAGCGCCAGGGCGAAGGCAUGCGUUUCGACGAAUACUCAGAAAACAGCAAGAUUGGUGCAAACCGCCGCCUCCUCUGGCACGGCUCGCGCGCGACGAAUUUCGGUGGCAUUCUCAGUCAAGGUCUGCGAAUCGCGCCCCCGGAAGCGCCUGUGUCGGGUUACAUGUUUGGCAAGGGUAUCUACUUGGCCGACAUGGCAUCCAAGUCUGCCAACUACUGCUGCUCGUACAUCUCUGGGGGCCAGGCCCUCUUGCUUCUUUGCGAGGCCAAGCUGGGCGAUCCCAUGCAGCAGUUGACCAAUUCCAGCUACGAUGCCGGCAACACUGCCAAGAAGGGUGGCAUGGAAAGUACCUGGGGAAUGGGUAUGACGGCGCCGCCCAAGUGGAUGGAUGCGGGUGUUGUGCACGAGAGCCUCAAGGGCAUCCAGAUGCCCGAUAUUACUGAGAAACCAUGCGCCACCAACGUGGACGGCGCAUACCUCCAGUACAACGAGUUUAUUUGCUACGACAUUGCGCAAGUCAAGCUGCGCUACCUCCUCCGCGUCCAGAUGUAA